AUGGCUUCUCGAGCCCUCGCCGCUCUCUCCAUCCAGCCGCGCCUCGGCGGGCCGCCGAGCACCAACGUGCUCAUCCUCGCCUUCGUGCUCCCGCUCUCGCUCUUCGUCGGCACCCUCGUCGCCGCCGCCCGCGUCGCCGACGACCUCGACGAGCGGUUCCUCCGGGAGAUGGAGAUCAACAAGGCGAUACUGGAGGAGAACGAGGCUUCCUCCGAGGAGGCGGCAGACGACGGCGGAGAGUACGUCGGCGGCGGAGACGAGGCCCCGUUGCCGGCGGCGGAGAAGGAGCAGGUCCUUGUCACAGCCACUGGCACAGGCACGCGCGCCAGGAACAGGCCGAAAAGGGAGGUGUAUUAG